AUGAAGCUCUCGGCGGCAGUCCUCUGCGCCCUUGUGUCUGUCCAGGCGGCGGUGCUCCUCCUCGCCACCGUGCCGUCGGCGCAGGCCAAAGAGCUGGAGGUCGGCUACUACAGCAAGAAGUGCAAGGGCGUGGAGAACGUGGUGAAGUGGCACGUUAUCAGGGCGCUCAAGGCCAACCGCCGCACCGGCGCCGCUCUCGUCCGCCUCCUCUUCCAUGACUGCUUCGUCAGGGGGUGCGAUGGUUCUGUCCUCCUGGACGCUUCCUCAGACAACCCUCACCCUGAGAAGAAGGCGCCGGUGAACAUCGGCCUCGCCGCCUUCGAGCUCCUGGAGGAGAUCAAGGCCGCCGUCGAGAAGCGGUGCCCCGGCGUGGUCUCCUGCUCCGACAUCCUCAUCUACGCCGCCCGCGACGCGGCCAGCGCCCUCAGCAACGGCCACGUCCACUUCGACGUCCCCGCGGGCCGCCUGGACGGCUUCGUCUCCAAGGCCGAGGAGGCCCAGGCGGAGCUCCCGGACUCCACCCACGAUGUGCAGCAGCUCAUCGACAACUUCGCCAGGAAGAACUUCACCGUGGAGGAGCUCGUCAUCCUCACCGGGGCGCACUCCAUCGGCCAGGGCCACUGCUCCUCCUUCAGGGGGCGCCUCUCCGAGCCGUCGAGCCAGAUCACCCCGGCGUACCGCGACCUGCUCAACUACAAGUGCUCCCAGGGAUCCGACCCGCCCGUGGACAACAACGUCCGCGACGAGGACUACGGCGUGGUGGCGAGGUUCACGCCGGGGUUCACCAGCCGGGUGCGCAAGAUCCCCGACUUCCUGGACAACUCCUUCUACCACAACAACCUCGCCAAGAUCGUCACCUUCCACUCCGACUGGACGCUGCUCACGCACAAGGAGGCGUUCGGCCACGUCGUCGAGUACCGCGACAACGGCACGCUAUGGGACGAGGACUUCUCCGACUCGCUGCUCAAGCUCAGCAAGCUGCCCAUGCCAGCGGGAAGCAAGGGCGAGAUCAGGAAGAAGUGCAGCGUCGUCAACCACCGCCUAUACUAA